AUGCUGACAAAUUUCUUGAUCUUCCUCUCCCUCCCUCCCUCUAGUUCGACUUGGUGGAUUUGCAAGACCGGCGCCACUUUUCCAAAUGGAGACGAUUUUCUUCUCCCUCUGACUAAUCUUUCACUGAUCCAUGAGCGAAGGAUGAAAAUUUGGUUCAUUGAAUAUCAUUAUAGGCUUGAUUCAAUGGAAGUUAUUAAUAUUGUAUUAUAUUUCUGCGAUAUGCUCUAUGAUGUUCAAUCUACAUCACAAUCAAUCGUAAUUUCCUUGAUUAAGAUAAGUAUAAGGGUCCAUAAUAAAAAGGUUUUUCAAUUGGCCUUUUCUACCAUUACAACAUUGUUUCCAUGUUGUUUUGCAUCACUAGCUUCUUUGUGUGGGUAA